CUGCAAGAGAGCAAGACCAGCUAACGAUGGCUUCUCAGUCAGGAACCAGCGAGGCCUCGACAGCCACAACCAAUGCAUCAAUUAGCCAUACUAUGUGCCUGCUCUGAAUAAAUCAUUAGAUAUUAACACUUCAACUCGGACAUGGCUGCCCUAGAAGAUCAGACGCCCUUCCUCUUCCGAGACUCGACCGACAAGGCAACCUUUGACGACGCCGUGUGGGGCCGUGUGUUCAACCACCAGCGCGACAGGUCGCGGGAGCCGCUGGCCGUGUGCCGGGCACGCACCGUGGCCGACGUGGUCGCGGCGGUCGAGCUCGGCCGCGAGCGCAACUGCCGCGUGUCGGUGCGCAGCGGCGGCCAUGCCUGGGCCGCGUGGAGCGUGCGGCACGGCGCCGUGCUCGUCGACCUGGCCAACCUCGUCGACGCCGACGGCAGCCGGGUUAGUUAUGACGAGGACACGCAGGUCGUGUCGUGCUCGCCGAGCACCACGGGCGAGACGCUCAACACGUUUCUGAGCGCUGUUGAUGGCGGCAAGGGCCGCAUGUUUGCCGGCGGUCACUGUCCCGAAGUCGGUCUCGGUGGCUUCCUGCUGCAGGGCGGCAUGGGAUGGAACUGCAAGAAUUGGGGCUGGGCAUGCGAGUCCAUCCUCGCCGUCGACGUAGUCACGGCCGACGCGCGCCCGCUGCGGUGCAGCACGGCCGAGCACGCGGACCUGUUCUGGGCGGCGCGCGGCGCGGGGCCCGGGUUCCCGGCCAUCGUCACGCGCUUCCACCUCGCGACGCGGCCGGCGACGCAGCUGUACCAGAGCCUGUACAUGUUCCCCAUCGCCGAAUUUAAAUCCGCGCUGCAGUGGGUCGUGGACCUCUCCCCCACGGCCGACGCCGACACCGAGAUCGUCGUCGUAACGAGCUACCUGUCUCCGUCCGACGAAACACCAACCGUCCUCGCCAACCUAACAACCUUCAAGCCGUCGCUCGCCGCCGCGCAAGCAGCCCUACAGCCCAUCCACGACUCCCUACCCAGCAGCCUCUCUCCCUCUGCAACCGUCUUUUGCCAGCACACAACCCUCGCGGCCGAGUACGGCAAGCAGCGCGCAGCCAACCCGGAAGGCCACCACUACAUCUCGGACAACGCGUACGUGGCGGCCGACGGCACGGCUAACAUUGACAUUGCAGAGCUGCUGGCGGGCCCGUUCACCGCGCUACCGACGCGCAAGGCGUGCGCGCUGUGGUUCAGCAUGGCGCCCACAGCGCAGCGCGCACUGCCCGACAUGGCGCUGUCGCUGCACAGCGAGCACUACGUGGCGCUGUACGCGGUGUGGGAAGGGGGUGCAGACCUAGCCGCCGGGUCUGGUCCCAGCGCUGAUAAAGAUGAAGACGGCGAGAGGUGCGCGGCAUGGGUAGCAAACGCCAUGGCGGGGAUCGAGCGGCACAGCGUCGGGUCGUAUCUCGGGGACGCGGACUUCCAGGUACGGCGGACGAGGUUCUGGAGCGAGGGCGCGGGACAAAGGGUGCGUGCCGUGCGGCGGGCGUGGGAUCCCGCGGGGCGCAUCUGUGGAUUUCUUGAUGUGGGCGACGCGAGCGGCGUGGACGGGUUAAGGAAUGAGUUUGAGUGGCUUUGAGAUGGACGGCACGGGGAUUGUCAUCUGUCUGUCUGUCUGUUUGUUGACAGGUGGAUAGAAACGAGACUUGAUUAGUUUGGUUUAGCAAGUCGACACAGACAUGGCUCAACAAGGAU